AUGCAGCCCUCGAGCGCCCUCCAGCGGCAUGGUGCGCGGUGCGCGGCCGCGGUGGAGGAGAGCGACGCGAUUGAUGUGGAGGGCAAGGUGUUGGACGACCGCGUGCCCGUCACGGUCAUCACCGGCUUCCUGGGCAGCGGCAAGACCACGCUGCUGAACCAGAUCCUGGGGCAGGACCACGGGUACCGCAUCGCCGUGAUCGAGAACGAGUACGGCCAGAUCGACAUCGACUCAGACCUGGUGGCAGUGGAGGAGUCUCUGGAUCCGGGCGCGGAGCAGAUCAUGAUGCUGAACAACGGCUGCCUGUGCUGUACCGUGAGGGACGACCUCGUGUCCAUGCUCAACACGCUGUACGACCGCCGCUCCCAGUUUGACCGCAUCGUGAUUGAGACGACGGGCCUGGCGCAGCCCGCGCCCAUCAUCCAAACCUUCUUCCUGGAGCCCUCGGUGUCGGACCGCAUGCGCCUGGACGGCGUCGUCACACUGGUGGAUGCCAAGCACGUGGAGCUGCACCUGGAUGAGCAGAAGCCGGAGGGCGUUGUGAACGAGGCGCUGGAGCAGAUUGCGUAUGCCGACCGCGUAGUGCUGAACAAGACGGACCUGGUUGCGGAGGGGGACCUGGCGCGGCUGGAGGAGAGGAUCAGGGGGAUCAACAGCAUGGCGGAGGUCAGGCGUGCCCAGCGUGCCGAUGUGCCUGUGGACCACAAGCACCACGACGAUGCGGUGGGCAGCGUGAGCGUGACGAUCGUGGGGGACAUGGAUCUGGACAAGGUCAACUACUGGCUGGGCGGGCUGAUUGAGGUCAAGUCCAACGACCUGUACCGCAUGAAAGGGGUGCUGGCCAUCAAAGACUUCGACAAGCGCUUUGGGGUGCACAUGCUGUUUGAGGGGAUGCCCGACCGGCCGUGGAAGGAGGGUGAGCUGCGCGUCAGCAAGAUGGUGUUCAUCGGCAAGGACCUGGACCGGGCGCUGAUCGAGGAAGGAUUCCGGGAGUGCAUCGUCAAAGAGUAG